UACCGCAUUCCACGCCAAUUAAUCAAUAAUCUCUCAUAAAGGAAACAUUGUCAGAUUACAAACAGUGUUUCUUCUUCAACCCUCUAUAUUUCACUUCACAAAUCCUCUCCCCCCAUCCCAUAAAAAUGGAGUUUUCAUUCAAAACACUUUUGCUCUUUUCCCUCUUUCUUCUAUACUCAACAAUGGCCGAAAUCGAAUCAACAGAAACAGAGCUUCCUCUGUUGUUUAGUUCAAACAACAGUUUAAACGAUUUAGGAAGAAGAAGAAGUCUAAUUGGAGGAAGUUGCAAUGUGUUUCAAGGAAAAUGGGUAUAUGAUUCAUCAUACCCACUUUAUGAUUACUCAACUUGUCCAUUCAUAAGUACUGAAUUCAAUUGCAAGAAAUAUGGUCGGCCUGAUAAUUCAUAUCUGAAAUAUAGAUGGCAACCCUUUUCAUGUAAUGUUCCUAGGUUUAAUGGGUUGGAUUUGUUGGAGAGAUGGAGAGGGAAGAACAUUAUGUUUGUUGGAGAUUCAUUGAGUUUCAAUAUGUGGCUUUCUUUGGGUUGUAUGAUUCAUGCAUGGGUUCCUAAUUCAAGAACUUCAUUCUUCAAUCAAGGGAUUCUUGGUACCAUCACUUUCCAGGAUUACAAUGUUAAAUUACACAUGUAUAGAACGUCAUACUUAGUUGAUAUAGUUCGUGAGCCGAUUGGAAAAGUGUUAAAACUCGACUCCAUAAAGGAUGGCGACGCCUGGUUGGGCAUGGACAUCCUCAUCUUCAAUUCAUGGCAUUGGUGGACUCACACCGGAAAUUCUCAACCAUGGGAUUAUAUUCAAGAUGGUAAUAAAGUGACUAAGGAUAUGAACCGUCUCAUUGCUUUCUAUAAAGGAUUGACCACAUGGGCUAGAUGGGUUGAUCACAAUGUUGACCCAUCCAAGACUAAGGUUUUCUUUCAGGGUAUCUCUCCCACCCAUUACAUAGGAAAUGAUUGGGGCGAGCCGACGAGCACAUGUCUUGGACAAACCGAACCUUUUUUUGGCACAAGAUACCCUGGUGGUUCACUUUCGGCCGCUAUUGUUGUGAAUAAAGUGUUAAGUAGGAUUAAGAACCAUGUAAACCUACUUGAUGUUACGACACUUUCUCAAUAUCGUAAAGAUGCUCAUCCGACAACCUAUAGUAGCAAAAACAAUGGCUUGGAUUGUAGCCAUUGGUGCCUCCCCGGUUUGCCUGAUACAUGGAAUGCGCUCCUUUAUGCGGCUCUUGUUAGCUAGCCAUUGCUUGCUUGCUUGUCUAUGUUACACUUGAAUUGGUUCUUAAUUUUAACUCAUUUGAUUAAGGGUAAAAAAUGUGAAGAGGGGGCUAGGGAGGAGGGUAAAUAUCAUUGAUACAAUAUGGGAAAUUAUUCAUGUUAUUGAAUUCUUUCCAUUUGAUGGAAAUUGUAGCAAUAAUGAGGAGAUUUGCAUUUGUAA